CCCCCGGGCGACGGAGCCGCGAGCCCAAAGGCGGGCACGGGGAGCUGGACGCCAAAGCCGUCCACGAGCGAGACGAACGAGGACUCGCAGCCAGAGAUGGAGAGGCGUCCUGCGCACACUCUUUCGUCGUCCCUGCACGUGCUCUCGAGCGAGGAUCCCGACUGCAUCAUCAUCGUGCGGCGCAUCAACAAGCUAGGCUUCAAGGCGGUGCGCAAGCUGAGACAACACUUCUCCUCGUACGGCACCGUCGUCCGCAUGCUGGUCGCGCACUCCACGGUGAACCUACGCAGCGGCGACCAGGCCAUACGCCAGCGGCCCAGCAGCCUGGGAUUCCUGCACAUGUCCGCCCCAGACGCGGCGCAGGCGAUCCUGGCGCUGGGGCCCGAGCAGGAGGUCGACGGCGUGACGAUCCGCGUGCAGCGCUUCGAGCGGUCCUCCUAUGAGCGGCAGGAUCUGGAAGGCGAGUCGGGGGCGGACAAGGACCGCCAGUCGAGCGACGCAGGAACCUCCGCGGCCACCACCGGGGCCGCCUCCUCGGGCGGCGCGGGCUCCUCGUACGGGGACACGUCGGAGAAGGCGGACUCGUCGGAGAGGGCGGACCCGUCGGAGAGGGCGGACUCCGAGGAAAAGGCGGACGACUCGUCGGAGAAGGCGGACUCGCAAGAGAAGGCGGACUCGGACAAGGUGGACUCCGAAGGGUAGGCGGGCUCGGACGAGUCGGUCGAGGAUGGCUCUACUGGGAAGGGCGCCGGUGCGAGGUAUUAGACCGCCCUCUGUAUGGCAGCAUACUGGCAAUAUUGCCAACAUAACUUCGUCUCAAAGGCAUUUCUGAAACACUGCGUUGCCGAAUUAGGCACUCCCCGGCUUCUCUGCAAUUUCUUUGUGUUUCGUAUUGAGCGGUGCAGUUUAGCACCCUGCAGUUUCUUUAACGGCCGCAAUGGGUCGCCCUCCCGGGUCCUCCAUAUGUAUACGC